AAGUUAUGACAUGAGGUGUGUUCAUCUCUAAAAAACGUACCCUCCAAAUACCCAAAAUUCAGUUGGGACAAUAAGCGGCGAGUAGCACAAGUGUUUGUUCGUUUGCGCGAUUGCUCCACCAACUUACCACUAUCAAUUAAUUCCACUCAAACACAGCCAAACACACCCUAUCUCAAUCUAACUACCACUCUUCUUUUCCAUUAGUCAUUACUACCAUCUACAAUCAUUCAUUCACAUUUCAUAAUUAUAAAUGAAUCAACAGUAACUAACUUAGAACCUUCCAGAAUGGAGUCGUUAGAGUGGAACCAACAAGUGAACGAAACGGUUACAAACAAAUUGAAGCUAUGGCAACAACUCAACAACGAAACACCAACGGCAUGGGUAACGGAAUUGAUUCAAUAUCUUAACUCGGUUGGCGUUGAGUUACCCAGUCCCGAGUUCGCUCACCUUUUGGUUUCUCAAAUGUGUUCGGAAAAUGAAAAGGAUCAUCCUUCGAUGUGGAAGUUUCUUCACCACGCUCUUGCUUCUCGUCUAAUUUUCCCUCUUCAAUUACUUUCUCUUCUAUCUUCUAAGGUUUUUCCUCGUAGAUAUUCUCAUCCGCAUGCUUACGCUCUUUUCCUUCCACUUCUUGCUCAACAUGCUUUUAAUUUUCACCCUAUCGCUUCGAUCAAGUGCACUAACAAGAUAAUUAAGUCUGUUGAUUCUGUCUUUCACUUUUCUGAAACAUUCAAAAUUCAGGAUGUGGAGCUAGGGCAUGUAUUUAUACUGUUCUUUUUUAGCAUUUUCAUUGCUUUGAUUGAUACCACAUUAAAUGACUGGGGAAUACAAGUGACUUUUAAUGAAAGAUCCUGUUUAGUCCCAACAGGCGAUCAGUAUAUGGUAAUUGAUCAUAAUGUGACGCACAAUUUUAAAAAAGGUGAUUAUCAUGAACAGAUAAGGAAGAGAAAUUCCAUCACAGCCUUAGAGGUAUUGGAAAGACUAAGUGAAACCAGAAAAGCGACGAUACUUCUGCAGUCUGUUCUCUUAAACAUGCCUGAAAAUUUCAAUUGCCUCCUGCAGAGGCUUCAAUUUCUUGAAUCCCUUGAAUUAGCAUCAUCAGAAUUAAAAUUAGUAAAUCAAGUUCUUACAAAAGUUUCUGCAAAAAUUCGUGGAGUUUCUCAUUUUGAUUACUGCCUAAAUAAGCAUCAGAUGGUUAGGAUGCUUGCUGAUGUUGGAUCAUGUACGACAUUGUUGAGGUGCAACUACAGAUCUUGCUGGAUUCCUUUUGACAUUUACAUGGAGAAUGCUAUGGAUUCUAGGCAAAUUCCUAUCAAAUCAGCUAUUGAUGUGCUUAAAGAAGGAAUCAAGACACUACAAAUAAUUAACCAGGCUAGCUGGCACGAAACUUUUCUAGCACUUUGGCUUUCAGCCCUCCGGCUUGUGCAGCGAGAGCGUGAUCCUCCUGAAGGUCCUAUUCCCCAUCUUGAGGCCCGUUUAUGCAUGCUUUUGUCUAUUGUCCCUUUGGCAGUUUUGGAUGUUCUAAGGGAUGACUCUGAACAUAAUCCGUCUUCCGUUCCAGUGCCUGUGAAAUCAGAAAACAGAUAUGAAAAGCAGGCAGUUUGUGGCCUGAUGUCAUCUGUUCAAGUCCUUGGACAGUUUUCUGGCCUUUUAUGCCCUCCUGCAUUAGUUGUUGAUGCAGCCAAUCAGGCAGCUAGAAAAGCUGCAAGCUUCAUUUAUAAUUCUAUGAAUGAAAAGGACGAUUCUUUCACAGGCAUUCAUGCUAAUUCUAAUACAAAAGCAGGUGGGAACUUGAGGCAUCUCAUAGUGGAAGCUUGCAUUGCACGAAAUUUAAUGGAUACGUCAGUGUACUUUUGGCCUGGUUAUGUGUCUACAUCUGUUACGUCUUUGUCAGAUUCAUCGCCACUAGAAAAAUCUCCAUGGUUAACAUUUAUGGAAGGGACACCGUUAAACAAUUCUCUUAUAAAUGCCCUUACGGCGACACCUGCCUCAAGCCCAGCAGAGAUAGAGAAGUUAUACUAUAUUGCAUUAAAUGGAUCAGAGUUGGAAAGGCCUGCAGCUGCAAAGAUUCUAUGCGGUGCAUCCCUCGGUCGUGGAUGGUAUAUUCAGGAACAUGUGGUCCACUAUGUAAUCAAACUUCUGGCUUCUCCCGUACCUCAUAGUCAUUCUGGAACUUGGGGCCCCUUGGUUGAUAAUACGUCCAUGCUAAGUGCUGUCCUCCGUGGAGCUUCCUGUGUUGAUACAGUUCAUAUACUUUCUUUACAUGGUGUUGUCCCCACAGUUGCUGCUUCUUUAUUACCACUUUGUGAAGCAUUUGGUUCAAUUACACCAACACCAAAUAGCACAGGCGAUGAGCCUUCAACAUCAGUAUACAUGGCUUUUUCUUUAGCAUUUCUUUUCCUCAUUCGUUUAUGGAAAUUCUGUAGACCCCCUAUUGAUCAGUGCAUCACUGAAGGAGGAAUUGCAGUUGGAGGUUUGGAGUAUCUUUUGUCAUUGCACAAUAACUGGGUCAUGUCUUCCCAAGAUAAGCUAAAAAACAACCAAAAUCUCUUUGAUUCUGCAUCAUUUAAACCUGUAUAUAUCGAUUCAUUUCCAAAAUUACGGGCCUUGUACUGUCAAUACAAAUCUUGUGUUGCUUCAACCCUGUCUGGUAUUUCUACUGGAAAUUCCAUUCAUCAAACUGCUAGUGUAAUCUUAAGCAUGAUUUACCAGAAGAUGAUGACCAAAGGUGGGAUAUCAUCAAGUAAUUCUUCAUCUCCUAGCAGUAAUGCGUGUAGCUCCCUCAUAAAUUCUGGUGAAGAUGCUCUUCAACGACCUAUGCUCCCUGCAUGGGAAGUACUGGAAGCUCUUCCUUUUGUCCUGGAAGCAAUCUUAACUGCUUGUGUUCAUGGGAGGCUUUCCUCACGAGAUUUAACAACAGGUCUGAGAGACCUUGUUGACUUUCUUCCAGCAUCACUUGCUGCCAUUAUUGAUUACUUUUCUUCAGAAAUUACUCGUGGUGUAUGGAAACUAGUUCCAAUGAAUGGAACAGAUUGGCCUAGUCCAGCAGCAGUUCUUCAGUCAGUGGAAUCAGAAAUAAAAGCUAUAUUGACUCAUGUUGGUGUUGAAGUCCCAAACUGUUCUUCUGGAGGUUCACCAGUAAUGCUUCCGUUACCCAUGGCAGCUCUCGUCAGUUUAUCCAUUACUUUUAAACUUGACAAGAGCCUGGAGUACAUGCAUGCUAUCACUGGAGCUGCUUUGGAAAAUUGUGCAUCAGGUUGCCCUUGGCCUAGCAUGCCUAUAAUUGGCUCUUUGUGGGCACAAAAGGUUCGCCGCUGGCACAACUUCAUUGUCGUAUCAGGUUCCCGUUCUGUGUUCAGACAUAACAAUGAAUCUGUUGCUCAGUUGGUGAGAAGUUGCUUCACCUCAUUUCUUGGAAUAUUGUGUGGUUCAACCUCAAACCUGACUGCUGAAUGUAGUGUGAAUGGCCUGUUGGGUAGCUCCAUUACUGCGCCUGGUGCCUGUCCUUUUGUUGCACCGGGAUUCCUUUUUCUUCGAUCCUGUCGAAAUAUACACAACGUGCAGUAUCUAAACGAUGUGAUUGUAGGUCUAGUGACAGAGUAUUCCAAUGAAUUAGCUGGCAGGAGAACAAGUUCUGGUUCUAGCCACUUAAAAUUCAAUGAAGCAUCAAUAUCUGUUGCUGCUCAAAGUGUGAAAGAAAUGGCAACACUUGGUGCAAGUCUCCUAUGCGCAGCAGGCGGCAUACAACUGGUCCAGGAAUUGUACAAGGAGACUAUUCCUACCUGGCUGCUGUCGUCAAGGGAUUUGAAGCGCAAAAAUGAUAGUGUUGUGUCGUAUAUACUUGAGGGUUAUGCUAUAGCGUAUCUGUUAACACUGUCAGGAUCAAUUAUAUGGGGUGUUGGGACCAAUUUACCAUCAUCAAAACUCUCUAGAAGGAAUCGUAUAAUUGGAGUCCAUUUGGACUUCUUGGCAGAAGUGAUGGAGAGGAAAAUCUCACUCAGUUGCAAUCCUAUUACAUGGAAAACUUAUGUCUGUUGUUUAGUAGGAUUAAUAGUUAGUCUUGCACCUACAUGGGUUCAAGAAGUGAAGGUAGAGACUUUGAGGAAAUUAGCUCGUGGAUUAAGUAGAUGGAAUGAACAUGAACUAGCACUUUCUUUACUACAAAGAGGUGGGACUGCAGCUAUGGGAGCUCUUGCUGAACUUGUCAAUGUGAUUGAGUUUAAACAUAAAAAACCAUGUUCAUAAUUCAAUAUGAAGAUUCAAUCAUAAAUUAAUGUCAAAUUUGCUUUAAAGACAAUAAUGAGUUACUCUUGGAUUCUUCCAAAGAAGGAUGCCGGUUGCAAUUUUCUCUCAAUCCUAGUCCUAUGAACUAUAAAUGUAGAGUCAUAAUCAUAAUGUGCCACCUAUCUAUAGAGAGAGAUUCAAGUGAGAACACUUUGGUUAUUAUGAUAAAUAAAAACAAUCAAUAACAACCAUAUUGUUUUUAAUGA